UAGGCCUCCCCAAGAAACCCCCGGACAACAGAUUAGCUAGCACACGCGCACAGCGAAGAAAUGGCGAUGGCGAUGCAGCCAUCUUAGUCCCCUCCCCUUCCCCCCCCUCUCCCCUUCCAUGGCCGCCCCUCCUCUGGCGCUCGUCGCCGCUGCCGUAGCGGCGCUCGCCGUCCUCGCCGUCGUCGUCUUCGCCUUCCGGCGAUGGUGGCUGCGGCGGCGGCGGCAGCGGCAGCGCCGCCCGGUCCAGGUCGCCGCGGCGGUCCCGACCCCGGUCGCUGUCCAGGAUGAGGAUAUAGAUAGGCCCCUUCUUUCUGAAAGUCAGGAAGGUCACUCUAGCCAGAGUAAUAGCUUUCUUGGAAGUUCUGUAGGAGAACCUUCGAAGAUUCAAACAAAUAGGAGUAAUACUUCAUCUAUAAGUCAUUCAAUUGCUGAUACAGGGAGGAUUUAUCCUGCUGAAUGUUGCACUACACAAGGCGAAACUCAUGUAAUCAAUGUUGAAAAUGAUACUUCUGAAGAGUUCCAAUUAGGAAGCACACUAAAGCGGAUAACACCAACAAAUUGGCCAACACCUGAUCAAAAGCACAGAAAAAAGGUUUCUGUAGAGGAUAACCAUAAUGGAAGCAUCCCAAUGAAGGAUAAUACAUAUCAUAGCAGCCUUGAUCUACAGGUCAUAGCUGGUCCAUCUCAUGGGAUAAGCUGUUCUCGGCAGUCAAGUAGACCUUCUAUGCUCCCAAUAACUCUUGGAAGAGUUCCCCCAAGUGAUAUAGUGUUAAAGGAUUCUGAAGUGUCAGGGAAGCAUGCUCGGAUAAACUGGAAUGCAAAGACAUUGAAAUGGGAACUUGUGGACAUGGGCAGCUUGAAUGGAACUUUCUUGAACUCUCAGGCGGUUCAUCAUCCGGAUGUUGGGUCUAGGCAUUGGGGUGAGCCUGCUGAACUUGCACAUGGUGAUAUUAUAACUCUAGGGACUUCAUCAAAGCUAUCUGUUCAGAUUUCACUGCAAAAUCAACGAGUUCCUGCUGGAGUUGGUAUGGCAUCUGAUCCAAUGGUAGCCCGUAGAAGUGGAAAGAAACUUCCGAUGGAGGACAUAAGCUUUUGCCAGUGUCCUCUGCAGGGGGUUGAACAGUUUGGGCUCUUCGGAAUCUUUGAUGGACAUGGAGGGGAUGGAGCUGCCAAAGCUGUCAGCAAGAUUCUUCCAGAAACUGUGGCAAACAUUUUAUCUCAUCCUGACACAAAAGAACGAGUUCUAUCAAGUUCUGAUGCUUCUGAUGUUCUUAGAUAUGCUUUUACUUUGACAGAAGCUGCAAUCGAUCAUCAGUAUGAGGGAUGUACAGCAACAGCCCUUCUUAUUUGGUUUGAUCAGAAUAAAAAUUGUUUUGCCCAGUGUGCUAACCUUGGUGAUUCAGCUUGUGUGAUGAGUGUCAAUGGAAAUACGAUUGAUAUGACCGAAGAUCAUCGGGUAGCUAGUACAACUGAAAGAGCUAGGAUAGCAAGAACUGGGCAGCCCCUGAAAGAUGGUGAAGUUCGUCUUAAUGGACUAAAUCUUGCUCGGAUGUUUGGAGAUAAGUUUCUAAAGGAGCAAGACACGCGCUUCAGCUCAGAACCAUAUGUGAGCCAAGCUGUUUGUAUCACCAGAGCAUGUACAGCUUUUGCCGUUAUUGCUAGUGACGGGCUUUGGGAUGUUAUCAGCACUAAAAGGGCGGUACAGCUUGUUGCCGAGGGAAAGGAGAGGGACACCGGUGAUAGUACCUCGGCGGACAAAGUAGCCAACCGCGUAUUGAGCGAAGCUAGGAAUUUGCGGACCAAGGACAACACAUCUGUAGUAUUUGUAGAUUUCGACAUUCUGAGAACAGACCCUUGUAUUGCCAAAUGACAUGUCGGAUUUCGAGGCGCCGUGUUCCAUGAACGACCCCCCCUCCCCCGCUGCAUAUAGCUCCAAAUUUUGUUUCAGUCUUGGCUGCACCCGUUUUGUUUCUAAUGAGAUGUGGUGAUAUUCACAUGUAUUACACCGGAAUCAUCUGUGAAAUGGCAUAGGAGCAAUUUUCAUAGUGUGCAAA